UCAUUAUUUAUUGAACUCGGACUAUUAACUCUGCCAUCUUUGUAUGUAUUGUCAUGCUUGAUUUCAGUGAAGAAAACUGAAAAUCAAUAUGAUGUUAACUCUAGUAUACACCAACAUAACACUAGAAAUAGGAAUAAUAUAAGAGUCGAGUAUUGCCAGUUUACAAGUUCCCAAAAAAACUGGCAAUACAUGUCAAUAAAACUUUAUAACUCUUUGCCUGAAAAUAUCAAAAGAAUGAGCUUUAAUAGUUACUGUAAAUAUUUAAAAAAGUAUUGGUCAAUGAAAGUUGAAUAUUUCUUUGUAAUAGAUUUUUAAACUGAUGUUUCUGUGUUAUUAAUGACGUUGUUGUAACAUUUUAAUGUUGUGUGACAAUAAAUGAUUUGAUUUUGAUAUUAUUUAACGCAUAGCCUAAGUUAAAUUGUGUACGGUAUAUAAAAUCAUUUUAUUUCAAUUUACUUCCCAAAGUGCUAUUCCCAACAACUCAUCGCUAAGGGAUUACGCCUUUAGUGAACAAUUGUAGAAACCAACUGAUUAACAACUUCUAAACUUGAAUUAUUCUUCUUUAUAGAAUGAAGUGCAAGAAUAUUCCGGCUGAGUUCCAUCGUGAAAGAGUUGGCGUUGCAUCUAGUGCAGAUGCUCGAUUCACCCAUAACAAGAUCGAAGUUGAACUGGUUUGUCGCCGCUUCAACGGAACUUGCUAUUAUACCACACAACCAAGAAUAUCACCAUCUAUUUCACUUGACUAUUUCGUAUGGAUUGGUGAUUUAUACACUUUGACUGUUCUGUACUGUAUGGAAUUUGAGUAUUCAUAAGAAUGACUUGUCUUAUACUCCCUCCUGAAGUCUCCAAGACGAAAUCUUAAAAAAAAUCUAGUCUAUACACCAGGCUGCAUCAUAGAUUACUUCUGCUUGGAUCACCAUGCUAUAAUAAGUCAAUUGAUAACAUCUCCGAUAUGUCAAUAAUCCUCAUUUUAUAGUAAACCCUUGAGAUUGAAGUGCUAGAUGAAUUACUUGAAAAGGUGACGGUCAACCCGAAUUUAUGUUUCUUGAAUUAUCUUUGUUCGGUUGUGAAUCACCCAGAAUUGUGCAUGGGUUUUUGCCAGAUCAAUGCGAAUGAAGUUUACCAUAAAAAUAUUUUAAGGGACGGUUUCCGAGCUCGGGAUUUAGCUAAGUUCUAGACUUUAAACAGCUGGAGUCAGAAAACUGGCUUUCCGAAACGGGGCCUCGUCGUAGUCCACGUUUAAAUUAA